AAAAUAAACAUAAAAAUCAAAUAAAACAAAGCAAAAAUCCAAAAAAUAGCUCUCUCCUAUAUAUAUAUUUUCUUCCAUUUUGCCGAUGCUCUGAGAGAUUCGCCUUUGAUUUUUGCUACAACGAAAAUAAGCUUACAAUCGGCUUAAAAAAUGGCAUCAAUGGUUCUUAAAGGUAGUAGUAGUAGUAGUAACCAAGUGUCUCCAUUGAUAUCAAUUCAAGAAAAAGGUAGUAGGAAUAAGAGGAAGUUCCGGGCUGAUCCGCCUUUAGGUGAUCCGAAUAAGAUUAUAACUUCACCUCAAAAUGGGUGUCCGAGUUAUGAAUUUUGUGCUGAGAGGUUUGAUGUCAACCCAGUUCAUGGUCAAGCUAGUGCAUGUGACUUGUGCGGUGUUAAUCAGGAUCACUCCAACGGAUUAAAACUCGACCUGGGAUUAUCUAGCACCUUAGGUUCUUCCGAGGCUUGGCCAAGUCAGCCUAGAGAGGAGAUAGAAGCUGAUGGAUUUCAAGACGCUGAUUGGAGUGAUCUCACAGAAGCUCAGCUAGAAGAACUUGUUUUAAGCAAUUUGGAUGCGAUAUUCAAGAGUGCAAUAAAGAAAAUCGUUGCUUGCGGUUACACAGAAGAGAUGGCUAUUAAGGCGGUCUUGAGGUCUGGCCUUUGUUAUGGUUGUAAAGACACUGUCUCGAAUAUAGUGGAUAAUACCCUAGCAUAUCUGAGAAGUGGCCAAGAUUGUAUUCCUUCAAAGGACCACUGUUUUGAGGAUCUGCAGCAGCUGGAGAAAUAUAUAUUAGCAGAAUUGGUUUGUGUUCUUCGAGAAGUUCGGCCUUUCUUCAGCAUUGGGGACGCAAUGUGGUGCUUGUUAAUUUGUGAUAUGAAUGUCUCGCAUGCUUGUGCUAUGGAUGGUGACCCGACAAAUGGUUUUGCUGGCGAUGGAGGUUCAAAUGGGACUUCUUUUACUUUCAACCAACCUGUGUUGAAGACAGAAGCCAAAACUUCUGAAUUGAACCUUCCGAGUCCUUGUAAACCUGUUCCAUCUAUUCCUUGUUCUCAUAGUCCAGUGCCAGAUGUACCAUCUAUAGGAAUCAAUAACACAACAAAAUCAAAGAAUUCCCUUGUUCUAAGUGGUAUAGCCUCAGAGAAAGACGGAACAAACUCCAUAUCUGAUAGUGCAGAUAAAACCUUCACUGCAGCAGGAACAUCUCAGUCUUCAACAUUGGAAGAAAAGUUCGUGGGUAGAAAGAUUCACUCUUCCAAGAGAGAACAUAUUCUUCGGCAGAAGUCACUUCAUCCAGAUAAAAACUAUAGGACAUAUGGAUCUAAAGGAUCAUCGAGAGCUAAAGUAAGCGGUUUUGGAGGUUUAAUCACAGACAAGAAACUCAAAUCAGCCUCGGACUCUGCUGCUCUUAAUGUAAAAAAUGCAUCGUUGAAAAUUAAAGCAAUGGGAGCUGAUGUCCUUCAAGAUAAUGGUAGUCAAAAUCUUUCGGUUAAUUCUGGUCCCUCUUCUUCUGCAGCAUUUUGCUUAGAUAAUGAUAAUCAUACUUCACCAGUAAACAUUCCACCUGAAUUACCACCUACCAAAAACCCACAUUCACCUGCAUUAUCAACCGCUGAUACGGAGCUUUCCCUCUCAUUGCCCACCAAAAGCAAUUCAACUAUAGUGCCUACUGUUUCUCAUUCCGAGGCUAGUAGUUCAAGCUAUCCUGGGAUGCUGUAUGGGCAUUGGGCCCCUCAGGAUAAGAAGGAUGAGAUGAUUCUGAAGCUGGUCCCAAGGGUGCAGGAACUGCAAAAUCAGCUCCAGGAAUGGACUGAGUGGGCCAAUCAAAAGGUCAUGCAGGCCGCCUGUCGGCUAAGUAAGGACAAAGCUGAACUUAAGACUUUGAGGCAAGAGAAAGAAGAAGUUGAACGGCUUAAGAAAGAGAAGUUGAGUUUGGAAGAAAACACUAAGAAGAAGCUCAUUGAAAUGGAUGUUGCUUUGUCUAAGGCUAGUGGGCAGGUUGAACGUGCCAAUGCUACUGUGUGCAGGCUUGAGGUGGAAAAUGCGGCUCUACGACAAGAGAUGGAAGCUGCAAAAUUACAUGCGGCAGAGUCGGCAGCUAGCUGUGAGGAGGUAUCAAAGAGGGAGAAAAAAACACUGAUGAAAGUUCAGUCUUGGGAGAAGCAAAAAGCUUUGUUCCAAGAAGAACUCAUGACUGAAAAACGCAAGGUUGCCCAGAUGCUACAGGAAUUACAGCAGGCUAAAGCUCUUGAAGAACAGUUUGAGGCUAGAUUGAAACAAGAAGAAAAGGCGAAGGAAGAAAUACUUACUCGAGCUAGUUUAAUACGAAAGGAAAGAGAAGAAAUUGAAACCUCAACAAAAUUAAAGGAGGACAUGAUGAAGUCAAAAGCCGAAACCAGUUUACAAAAAUACAAAGAAGACAUUCACAGACUCGAAAAGGAAAUCUCUCAAUUGAGACUGAAAACAGAUUCUUCAAAAAUCGCUGCACUUCGAAGGGGCAUCGAUGGAAGCCACGCAGGGAGGUUUACAGAAAACAGACACGGUACAGGUCAAAAGGAAUCUCGAACCCCUCUUACAGUGAUAGAUUUUCACGAGUUCUCGGGGAAAGGAGCCGUGAAACGCGAACGCGAAUGCGUGAUGUGUCUUUCGGAGGAGAUGUCGGUGGUUUUCAUCCCAUGUGCUCAUCAAGUUGUUUGCAUUGCAUGCAAUGAGCUCCAUGAGAAACAAGGAAUGAAGGAUUGCCCUUCUUGUAGGAGUCCCAUCCAGCGGCGUAUUAAUGUACGUUAUGCUCACUCGUAAAUUUUAAUAUAUAUUUGAAGUUGAGUGUUAAAUCAAUAAUGUUUGUGGGACUCUUUUGAAUUGAAUAAUCAUGUGAGUUUAUAUAUACCUUUUGGAGAGUUUGAGACUAUUGAGAGUUGCAUUAUAGUGCAAGAUGAUGGUUCAUUUCA